AUGGCGGCGGCCUUCCAGCCUUCCUUUAUCCACAUGUCCGGGCCCAGCGUCAACGCACUCUUUCUUGGAAAUGCUGCAGGAGUUAAUUUUUCAUUAGUUUUAAGCCCUAUCAAUGAAGAAACAGGAAAACUGCACCAUUCAAAUUGCAGUGGAAGCAGAAGAGCUGGUGAUUGGAAUUUGAAUGUAAUGCCUGGUGGGGAUGUUUCCAAAGUGACCAUAAGCCUGACUAGAAACCUCCAGUUGUGUUUGCACAAUGCCACUGACUGCUGCACAACUCCUCUCUGCGUGGUUGAAACUCUCCAGGUUUUAGCUUGCCGUGGUUCGGUGAUGUUGGCACAUCUCCUAAUUCAAGCUGAAAUAUAUGCAAACUCUUCUGUUAAAGGAAACGUGUCAGAAAAUGCAACUAUCAUCCCUAACCAGGUGUUUCAGCCCUUAGGUCCUUGUCCUUGUGAUUUGACAGCUGGAGCUUGCGAUGUUCGUUGUUGCUGUGAUCAGGAAUGUACAACAGACUUGAAGCAAUUAUUCACUGGAUCAUGUUUUACUGGAGUGUUUGGUGGGGAUGUAAACCCACCUUUUGAUCAGUUGUGCUCUGCUAAGUCAAUGGAGUAUACUCCUGAUUGGUUUCCUUUCCUUUGUGUACAGUCUUCUCUUGACAAUACACCAUUUCUUGGUUACUUUUAUCAUGGCUCUAUUUCUACACCCAGAGAUGCUUCAUUUAAGAUCCCUUUGCAAGUGUCUCCUGGGAGACUUUUUACUGGUUACAGACAAGGAGAUCCAGUUAUGACAGAGGAAAAUGACUAUUUUACCAUCCCCCAGCAAUCCAUGGCUGGGCAAUGUGUCGGGAAUGCUCCAGUUGCGUUUCUGCAGGACUUCGAUGUGAGAUGUCUUACCCACCUAGCAUCUUACAGGGAAGGACUGCCGCAUGAUGUGAGGGUCAACAGUGGCACUGGAGACUUCAUCCAACAGAAUGUGAUCUUUGGGACCAUCACUGACAUAGACAAGUUCAUUACUAGAAGUGAAAGUCCUCCUACCACUGAAGUCGCAUGUAAAAAUGUGACCUUUGCAGAACAUUAUAAGUUCAUUUGGAAAGGCAAGAACAUAAAGGAAAUAAAUGUCACUGUCUUCCUUGGAAGUUUAUGUGAUGGAGAAAUACUGACACAGAGAUUCACAGUCAAAUUUGUAAGCUUGAAUAAUACUAAUGAAACAGAGUCGUUUGGGAAUCCAGGUUAUCAAGUUGGAAAGCCAUUGAGAGCUGCAAAUCUGAAUGCUUCUGAUGCUUUCGGCAGCCUAAAACUUUGGUGGCCAGCUCUCGGAGGUUUAUGUAUAUCAUCAGCUUAUACACCAGUUUUGUUUGGAUUAGAUUCCCUUUCUGGGUGCAUGCUAGAAGUUGGUGUUAAUGAAGAUUGCAACCUUUUAAGAGGAAAUGUAACUGAUAAAUUGAAUUCAUUAGUACAAGCUACUCAUGUUGGAAAGAGGAGCAACUCAAGUUACGGUAACCUAAAUGACUGGGUGGAAAUAAUACGUCUAGAUCCAUAUAAUUCUGAUACCAAUGUGAGUGCUGGAAACUUGAAAGGCAUUUGCUCAGAUAUUCCUGCAAAUCUAAAUAUUCGCAUAAUCUUUGCUACUGUGGGUGCAGUACAAGGGAUUCCCCAGCAAGAGAUACUUGCUGUGCAAAUCAGUUAUUCAACAGUCAUAUGGCAAUUCCAGUGUGGACUCACUUGUGAAAACGUGGACUUUCUUCCCAUCACUGCUUCUGUUCAGUUUAUUAAAGUGCCAGCUCAGCCACCCAUUCCACUAACAAGAUUUCAGAUUAAUUAUACAGAAUUCGACUGCGAUCGAAAUGAUGUUUGCUGGCCGCAACUUUUCUAUCCAUUGACACGGUUUUACACAGGAGAACCAUAUCCGCAGUGUCUUGCCAAGACCCUGGCAGUGGCAUUUGUCGUCUUACUUGUGGCGGUUACGAGUAGCCCUUGGUUCCAGAAAGUGUGGGAGAACAGCUUGCUUUAA